AUCUGUUAAAGAGAGGGUUUAAAUCACUGUCAUGGCAAGUUCUGUAUACAUGCGCGAUUAAAUUUGUCAGUAUUUACAGAAAAGAAGCCUUGGAUUAUGGUGAACAGGAUUACUUAAUCCGUGACGCAGCAGAAUAACAAGACAGUGCGCAAUCUGCGUCGCAGGCAGUCUCAUGAGGACGAGCAGGCUAUUGGCAAGCAUGUUGCGUUUGCCUGUUGUGAGCCGGAGCCUCUUUCCAGCAGCAAUUACUAAAGGGGGUGCGGCUGCAACUAACAAUGCUCGCACUGCAGCAACAGCAACAGCACCUGCCAGCAACCUCCUGGAGGUGUUUGUGGAUGGGAAACCUGUCAUGGUGGAGCCAGGAACCACUGUUUUGCAGGCAUGUGAGAAGGUAGGAAUGCAGAUUCCUCGCUUCUGCUACCAUGAGCGCCUGUCAGUUGCUGGAAACUGUCGCAUGUGUCUUGUGGAGAUAGAGAAAGUUCCCAAGCCAGUGGCAGCGUGCGCUAUGCCAGUCAUGAAGGGCUGGAACAUUUUGACCAACUCUGACAAAACAAGAAAGGCCAGAGAGGGUGUGAUGGAGUUCUUAUUGGCUAACCACCCAUUAGACUGUCCAAUUUGUGAUCAGGGGGGAGAAUGUGACCUACAGGACCAGUCCAUGCAGUUUGGCAGUGACAGGACCCGCUUCACAGAGGGCAAAAGAGCUGUGGAAGACAAAAACAUUGGCCCUCUCAUUAAAACCAUCAUGACUCGUUGCAUCCAGUGCACUCGCUGUGUGCGCUUUGCCAGUGAGAUUGCAGGUGUGGAGGACCUGGGCACCACUGGCAGGGGCAAUGACCUACAGAUUGGGACCUAUGUGGAGAAGAUGUUCAUGUCUGAGUUAUCUGGAAAUGUUAUUGAUAUAUGCCCAGUGGGGGCCCUCACCUCUAAACCAUAUGCAUUCACUGCUCGCCCUUGGGAGACCAGGAAGACAGAGUCCAUUGAUGUUCUGGAUGCUGUGGGUAGUAACAUUGUGGUGAGCACUCGUGGGGGUGAGGUGAUGCGAAUCCUGCCUCGUCUUAAUGAGGACAUUAAUGAGGAGUGGAUCUCAGACAAAACCAGGUUUGCGUAUGAUGGACUCAAAAGGCAGAGGCUUACUCAGCCUAUGGUGAAAAAUGAGUCUGGGCAGUUGGUUACAACAACCUGGGAAGAUGCGCUGACUCGAGUUGCUGGAGUAUUGCAAGGAGUCGAAGGAAAUGAUGUAGCUGCUGUUGUCGGCGGCUUGGUGGAUGCAGAGGCUCUCAUCUCCUUGAAAGACUUGCUGAACCAUUUAAAUAGUGAAAACCUGUGCACCGAGGAGAUGUUCCCAAUAGCUGGAGCUGGAUCGGACCUUCGCUCAAACUAUCUUCUAAACACUGGAAUCGCUGGUAUUGAAGAAGCUGACCUGCUGCUACUGAUUGGCACUAACCCGCGCUAUGAAGCGCCCCUGUUCAAUGCACGAAUCAGAAAAGGUUGGCUUCACAACGAGUUGCAAGUGGCUCUUGUGGGGAUGAAAGUGGACCUAAGUUACACAUAUGACCACCUUGGGGAGUCUGCCACCAUUCUUCAAGAAAUUGCAUCAGGAUCUCACCCAUUCUGCCAGGUCUUGGCUAAAGCAAAGCAUCCUGUUAUUGUGGUUGGAAGCAGUUGCCUGCAGAGAGAGGAUGGGGCUGCGAUAAUGGCCGCUGUGUCAACGAUUGCUCAGAACGCUCGUGUCAGCAGUGGCGCAGAGGAAACCUGGAAGGUUCUCAAUGUGCUUCACAGAGUUGCCAGUCAAGUGGCUGCGCUCGAUCUUGGGUACAAGCCAGGAGUGGAGGCUAUCAGGAAGAACCCACCCAAAGUUCUGUUUCUGCUUGGAGCUGAUGCCGGCUGCAUCACUCGCCAAGAUCUCCCCAAGGACAGCUUCAUAAUUUAUCAAGGUCACCAUGGUGAUGUUGGCGCACCAAUGGCUGACAUCAUACUUCCUGGAGCUGCGUAUACUGAGAAAUGUAGCACCUAUGUGAACACUGAGGGCCGUGCCCAGCAGACCAAAGUGGCCGUGACUCCCCCAGGCAUGGCGAGGGAGGACUGGAAGAUCAUCAGAGCCAUAUCUGAGCUUGCUGGAGUGACUUUGCCAUAUGACACCCUUGAUGAAGUGCGUGACAGACUGGCAGAGGUUUCCCCAAAUCUGGUGCGAUAUGAUGACGUUGAGGAGGCCAACUUCUUUAAGCAGGCUAAUGAACUGUCUAAGGCAAUGAAUCAGGCUGUCCUUACUGAACCUUUAGUCCCUCCACAGCUUACUGUGAAGGACUUCUAUAUGACAGAUCCAAUAAGCCGAGCCUCCCAGACGAUGGCAAAGUGUGUGAAAGCUGUCAAAGAGGGAGCACAAGCUGUGGACGAGCCGGCCAUAUGUUAAAGCACAGUGAAUAGCCAUCCAGUCCUUGGAAGAAAAAAAAAAGUUAUACGCACAAUAUUAUUUGCACAUUCCUAGAAAUGUAUUUAUUUGCACUGUUUUAUUCUAAGUAGAUGCCUCAUCAUCUAUGCACAUUGUGGACCUAACUACUUUACUAACCUGCAGAAACAUGUAUGUGCUAUUUGCAGAGUGAAUAUGUGAACUUAGGGUUGAUCAAAUCUCCAAAGAUGCACUCCUGGCAGUUUCUUUUCUCCUGUUAGGUUGUUGUGACCAAAGGUUAAAAAACCCUAGUAAAUCUAGUAUUUUGUCUUCUUGUAAAAUUAAAAGUGUUAAGAUAUAUUUUCCUAAAGAUAUAUGGAUUACAGUUUGAAAAGUUUAUCUAUUUGUGUGAUGUGAGUAGUUUCCUGUAGCAAGUCUAAUGAAUCUUGCAAAUUUAAGUUUGAGCUCUUAUUAAAAAUUGCAGAAGUAUCAAAAAUA